UAAAAAUGUUUUGUUGCGUGAUUUGUAAUAAACUCAUUGGAGAAUCUACCUAUUCAACUCCAUGUGGCCAUGUUUACCAUUUUAAGUGUAUUACAGAAUGGUUAAAUAGGUCACCAACGUGUCCAACUUGCCGAACCAAUGUAUUGCACAACGAUUUAAUCAAACUUUUUAUGCCGGAAGACAAAAGAUAUAAAAUCACCCCAAAAGAAGAACUGGAUUCAUUAAUGAAAAAAUCACAAUUACUAGAAAAGAAAAGUAUAAGUAAUGCUCACAUACUCAAUGAUAUGAAAAAGAAAUUACAUGAGACACAGAUGAUUGAUAAAAAAUAUAAUUCAGAAAAAUUUAGAAAUAUGCUAUUAAAACAAGAAAUGUAUGAAUUACAAUCAUUAAAUUUAGCUGAGCUCAAUAAAAUAUCAAAUUUUAAAAGAGAAAAAGGGCAUUUUCUAAAGACGACAAAUAAUAUACAAUCUUAUUUACCAAAUACGUCAAGGGUAAAUGUUUGCAACAAAAAUAAAGUUACUGAGAAAAUAGAACUAUCUAAGUUACAACUCCAGUUAAAGCCAUCUACUGAGAAGGGAUUUUUAUCUGAUUGUCACUUCUGGAUUGUUAAUGAACAUAAAGAACUUCCAGGUGGUUCAAAUCGCCUAUAUUUUAAUGAACAACGUGUAAUGGAGCACGGUGGCAUUCUGGCUUAUCGUUACUCAAAUGAAGUAACUCACGUGAUUUGUAACAGCCAAAAAAAUAAUGAAGUUUUUAGAGCUUUAUCAGAUCAUAAAAAAUGUGUGACUGAUUACUGGCUGAGUGAUAUUAUUGGUGAAAAAAAAAUAGUUGAACCUUGGUUAGCUCAUCAUUUUCCUAUACCAUACAGCUAUAAUAAUUUACCAUGUGAAGAUUAUCAGAUAGCAAUCGUAAAUUUUAAUAAAAAUGAUCAUUUUAGAGUCAAAGUUAUGGCAGAAAUUGCGGGUGCUUGUGUAACUAAUAAAGUUUCCCAUAAUACUCAUGUUGUAAUUAGCCAGAAUUUAGAAGGUGAAAUAAUAAAAAGAGCUUUAACUUUUAAAAUACCUGUGGUAAAUGUUCAAUGGAUAAGUGAUAUACUUCUUGGUGAAAAAAUUAGCUUUCAUGAUUCAAAUAAAAUAAAAUAUCAACAAUUUGAAUUGUGCGAUCCUUUUUCAAUAAAUGCUGUGAGAGUAUCACAUUUGAUGGAAUUUUUUAAAGAAAAUGUGAUGAGUAAAAAAAAAUAA